AUGUCGCAAUCCGAUGACCACGAUAAGCAGGGCGGCAUCGACAGGUCUCCGCAGCAUCAGCAACACGGAGGACACGUCGGACACCAGCAGGGACAGCCGCAGCAGGGCCAGGGACAGCUGCAGCCCCCACUACCACUCCAUCACGCUCUGCACCAUGGCAUGGGUCCGCAUCACGGCUACCAGCUCCAGCACCCACACUCGAUGCCGCCCCACAUCAUGCACCAUCACCACGAGAUGGCCUCUGACGGCAACGUGCUCUCCAACAUCCGCAUCAUGCCGCAUCAACCGACCGCCGCCGUCAUCCACCACCAGAUGCCGCUCACCUCUCGGAUGACCGUGACGAGCAUGGAGACCGUCGAGGGCGGAUCCAGCGAGGACGAUGAAGAUGAAGACGGCGAGUCCGGCGAGGCGCCCGCCAAGUCCGGCAAGGGAGUGGCCGGAUCUAAGCCAGUCUCCAAGAUCGGCAAGAAGAAGACUGGAGGAACGGGACGUCGGAGGAUCGACAUCAAGUUCAUCGAGAACAAGAGCAGGAGGCAAGUGACCUUCUCCAGACGCAAGCGUGGCCUCAUGAAGAAGGCGUACGAGCUGACCACCUUGACGGGUACGCAAGCGUUGGUGCUCAUCGCGAGCGAGACCGGCCACGUGUACACCUUCGCCACGCCCAAGCUGCAGCCCGUGGUUACGCUCAGAGAGGGCAAGGAGAUCAUCCAGUCGUGUCUCAACGCUCCUGAGAACAACUACCCUACAUCCGAGUUCAUCGCCAACAGCUCCAAUAGUCACGGUCAGAACGUCGGCGCCGGAGGACCCAAGCACGAGCCUCAUGGCUCUCCGCAACAGAUGCAGGGGCCACCGCACGGGCACCCCCACGCGCAUCCGCACGCUCACUCGGAGAUGCUCAACAACAUGUACGGAGCGCCCGGUAUGCCGCCCCACGGCCACGGACACCAGCACUAUGGCCACCAGGGUCCGCUUCCCACCCACUCGAUGCCUCCGUCGGGCUACCCUCCGGACAUGUACAUGAACUCUGGCCCGCCGCCCAUGGGUGGCUACUAG